ACAGUCGAGCGCCAACCGCUAGAGGCCGAUCCGGAGCGUGCUGCCCGGUCACCACCCGCCAUGGCCCGCGCUGCCCCGCUGCUCGCCGUGCUGGCCACAGUCCUCACCACCGCCGCUGCAGGCGGAGACGCACCGCCGGGGAAAAUCGCUGUUAUCGGAGCUGGGAUCGGGGGCUCUGCUGUGGCCCAUUUCCUUCAGCAACACUUCGGACCCCGAGUGCAAAUUGUCGUCUAUGAGAAAGGGACUGUGGGUGGCCGCCUGGCCACCAUCUCCGUCAACAAGCAGAACUACGAGAGCGGGGCGGCCUCCUUUCACUCUCUGAGCCUCCACAUGCAGGACUUCGUCAAGCUGCUGGAUGGAGCAGCUGAGACCAGAGAGGGGAAAGAACUUGCCUGAGGACUGAGACAGCGGCGCGAGGUGGUGGGCAGAAGCGCCAUCUUUGGCGGCGAACAUUUCGUGCUGGAGGAAACCGACUGGUACCUGCUGAAUCUCUUCCGCCUCUGGUGGUACUACGGCAUCAGCUUCCUGAGGCUGCAGAUGUGGGUAGAGGAAGUCAUGGAGAAGUUCAUGAGUUCUGAAGCACUUUGCAAACUCAGGAACUUUCCAAGGCUGAAGUGUGACGGGCGUAGGUGAGGUGCCCGGGUGGAAGAGGACCGGGAGGCCGCGUACCUCGACGAGAUCUACAAGUACCAGGCUCACGGCUAUGCCUUCUCGGGGGUAGAAGAGCUACUCUACUCACUGGGGGAAGCCACCUUUGUCAACAUGACCCAGCGGUCCGUGGCCGAGUCCCUGCUCCAGGUGGGCGUCACACAGCGCUUUAUUGAUGAUGUCGUCUCUGCGGUCCUACGGGCCAGCUAUGGCCAGUCGGCAUCAAUGCCCGCCUUUGCUGGAGCCAUGUCCCUAGCUGGGGCUCAGGGCAACCUGUGGUCCGUGGAAGGGGGCAACAAGCUGGUUUGUUCUGGUUUGCUGAAGCUCGCCAAGGCCACCGUGAUCCACGCCACGGUGACCUCUGUGACCCUGCACAGUACAGAAGGGAAAGCCCUGUACCAAGUGGCGUACGAGAGUGACAAGGGCAACAGCUCUGACUUCUACGACAUCGUGGUCAUCGCCACGCCCCUGCACCUGGACAACAGCAGCAACAACAACAUCACCUUUGAAGGCUUUACUCCGCCCAUUGAGGACAUUCAGGGCUCCUUCCAGCCCACCGUGGUCUCCCUGGUCCAUGGCUACCUCAACUCUUCCUACUUCGGUUUCCCGGACCCUAAGCUUUUCCCCUUCGCCAACAUCCUCACCACGGACUUCCCGAGCUUCUUCUGCACUCUGGACAACAUCUGUCCCGUCAACAUCUCGGCCAGCUUCCGGCGGAAGCAACCCCAGGAGGCCGCCGUGUGGCGAGUGCAGUCCCCGAAGCCCCUCUUCCGCACGGAGCUGAAGACCCUCUUCCGUUCCUAUUACUCAGUCCAGACGGCGGAGUGGCAGGCCCACCCCCUCUACGGCUCCCGCCGCACCCUCCCGAGGUUCGCCCUGCACGAUCAGCUCUUCUACCUCAAUGCCUUGGAGUGGGCGGCCAGCUCCGUGGAGGUGACGGCUGUAGCUGCUAAGAAUGUGGCUCUGUUGGCUUAUAACCGCUGGUACCAGGACCUGGAUAAGAUUGACCAGAAGGACCUAAUCCAUAAGGUCAAGACUGAACUGUGAGGGCUCCCAGGAGAGCCCAGGGACUCUGCGCCACACUGAAGAUAACUGAGAUGGAGCGCACUCCAGCCGCGCAGGACUGACGAGGCCACACCCAUGGGCUCUGUGGCUUUCUCUGCUCUCAUGGAUUGAACAGGGUCCCCCAUGUGGGCCCGGGCGAUCUGCUGUCUGCUUAUCUAAGGAUCCUCUUAGAGGCUGCCUUUUUUUUUUUUUUUUUUAAGGAGCGAUUAAGAAAAGGGAAGGAAAUUCAAGUCAGUGUUUUGGCUGUUUUUGUUUUUUGUUUGUUUGUUUUUGUUUGUUUUUUGUGGUGUUGGGUUUUGAGGUUUUUUGUUUGGUUGGUUUGGUUUUGGGAUCGUGUGUUUAUUUUAUUGUUUUUGUUUUGGGGGGUUGGUCGUUUGUUGUUUUGGGGGGUUGUUUUGUUUUGUUUGUUUGUUGGUUACUGUUUUUCAAGAAGAAAUAUAAAUUCAUCCUCCAAGCUA